AUGGAACAACAUUUUGAUCAGGAAUUUUUUGAUAUUGAACAAAUCCUAAAUGAGGGACCAUUUCGGUACAUAAGUGAUGAAGAGUUCAUGGACUAUGAUGCUGAUGCUGACAGCAGUGAAGAAGAACAGGACAACAACAGUGAAGAGGAUGAAGUACCACAACAGCAAGCAACAAGCAGACAUCAAUUAACAGUCCAAACAAAAAGAAAAAUGGUUGAUGACAUUCUACUGAACAUGCAUGCAGGGGAACUUAAAAGGGGAUUUCUGUCAGACAUGGGGAGAAGGUAUGGGGUUCACAGAAGUACAACACUUAGGCUAUGGAAAUUUGUAAAGCAAAGUAUAGCAGAAGGCAAUGUUAUUGAUGUCAGAAGCAAAAAACUUGGUAAAACUGGUCCAAAACCAAAGGAAAUCACUGAUGAGUUCUUGCAGUCUGUGCCACUGUAUAAAAGGACAACAGAAAGGAGUUAUGCAUCAGCCCUUAAAAUUUCACACUCCUUUCUUCAUAAGCUGAAGAAAAAGGGAAGGUUAAGAACACACACAGUAGCAAAUCAUCCAGCACUAACAUCUAACCAUAAAGUGGCAAGGCUGAAGUGGGCACUAGAGCAUAUUCACCCUAUUCCAGCAGUUGGUAACCCAACUUUCAUGGACAUGCAACAACACAUACACAUAGAUGAGAAAUGGUUCUAUAUGAACCCUGAGACAAGGAGGUUUUAUUUGCUACCAAAGGAAGAAAAUCCCUAUAGAUGCCAACAGUCAAAGAGAUACAAAGUUAAAGCCAUGUUCAUGGGGGUCAUAGGUAAACCCUUGUAUGACUGUAAUGGGCAAAUGUUGCAUGAUGGCAAGUUUGGCAUAUUUCCAUUCACUUACCAACAGAGAGCAAAAAAGAAGAGUAAAAACAGGGAUGCAGGUGUCAUGGAAACUAAGGUUGUGGAAAGUGUGAACAAAGAAGAAAUCAGAAAAAUGCUUCUCCAAAACAUAAUUCCAGCAAUCAAGAGACAAUGGCAUCCUAGUCUUCCUAAGGACAUAUUCAUCCAGUGGGAUAAUGCUAGGCCACACCAAAUUCCAAUGGAUGAGGAAUUCAUUGCAGCCUGCACUUCUGAUGGGUUCAACAUUCAAAUGGUGUUUCAACCAGCACAAUCACCAGACCUAAAUGUUUUGGAUUUGGGUCUUUUCAAGGUCAUACAAUCUCUGCAAUAUCAGUCCUUUCCCACAACAUUAGAUGAACUCAUUGACAAAGUGUAUGAGGCUUAUGAGUGGUUUGAUCCAAUACUUAACAAGUACACAUGGAUAACUCUUCAAGGGGUGAUGAUGAAGAUUCUGGAAAAGGAAGGGGGCAACAAUUUCAACCCACCACAUAUGGGCAAACAGAGAUUAGAAGCAUUAGGCCUACUUCCUACCAUUUUGGAAUGUGACAGGGGACUCAUUCAACAAGCAGUUGCAUACCUAAACACAUUUUUCAUUCCAGUCAACCAGGAUUUCCCAGAUCAGACUCAAAAUGAGGUGGAUGCGGACUAG